AUGUCCGCCGAAGUCUCCAAUUCGCAGUUUCAUACUGGCAGACUACCCAAUGGCGCCAAGAAUCGCAAUAGACCGAAGCUGAUGCUCAUGGGUCAGAGAAGGAGCGGCAAGUCAUCAAUAUCAGGUGUGGUCUUCCAGAAGAUGCCACCCUCGGAGACACUGUACUUGGAGACAACAACGAGACCUGAAGAAUCAUCCGCACACUCCUUCAUGGACUUUCAAAUAGCGGAACUCCCUGGCCAUGUCAACUACUUCACACCAGACUUCAACCAGGCUAACAUCUUCGCCGAAAUUGGUGCCGUCAUCUGGGUCAUCGACGCACAAGAUCAAUACCUCGACGCCCUCAAUCAACUCAUCGACACAAUCACUUACCUAGCGCAAACAUGGCCUGCCAUCAACGUCGAGGUCUUCGUGCACAAAGUCGAUGGCUUAUCCGAGGAGUACAAGAACGACACGUUCCGCGACAUUCGGCAACGAAUCUUGGACGAACUGUCCGACCUUGGCUAUGACAACGCACCAGUCAGCUUCUACCAGACUAGCAUCUACGACCAUUCCGUGUUCGAGUCCAUCAGUAAAGUCAUCCAGAAGCUUCUGCCGCAGCUGCCGACGCUGGAGAGUCUGCUCAACAGCCUGUGCAGCACGUGUCGUAUCCAAAAGGCAUAUUUGUUUGACAUCAUCACAAAGAUCUACAUUGCGUCUGACACGAGCCCGCAAGACACCAACAGCUACGAGAUCUGCUCCGACUUCAUUGAUGUGGUGGUAGAUAUCGGCGAGUUGUACGGCUGGUCAAGACCCCAGCAAGGCGAGAAGACCGAGUUCAACAACCAUGCCUGUGAGAGUAUGGUUACUAUGGAGAAGAAGGGACAGAACUACCUAUAUCUGAGGGAGAUGAACAGAUAUUUGGCACUGGUAUGCAUCAUGGGCGACGACAACCCAAUGGAGAAGAAGGUACUCAUAGAUUACAACGUUGGAGUAUUCCAAGAAGCUCUUGCAAAAGUCUUCGGCUGGUGA